AUGAAUAUAUUUUAUGAAAGAGAUGAAAACACUACAGAUAACAUUGAAUACACAUCAAUCGAUAAUUUAUUAAAUAAUGAUAAUGAGUUUCGUUCUAUAAUGGAUACUAGUAGUAUCCAUCUAAUAACCAAUAUGCAUGAUGACACACCACUUGCCAGUACAUCAGAAAAUUCAACAAGUUUUCAAUCUGUUGAUAACGAUCAAUUAAAAAACCUCCUUAUAGAAUGGAAUCUUGAUUGUUUGUACCAAAUAUGUAUAGAGCAACAAAUGGAUUUAGAGGCCUUAGGGCUAAUGAAUGAUAAUCAUUUCAAUAUAUUGUUGUCAAAUGUUCCACUGGGACCCAGAAUAAAAUUUGAAAGCAAAGUUAAAAAAUAUCAGGCAUCAUUAAUUCAAAACUCAGAACACACCACAGUUUAUAAGACAUCUGCAAUUAUUAUAAAUAAUGCUGAUGAAAUUUCUCAAAAGGUCUCAAAAGUUACAACUGAAAAUCAAAUUUUUCAAUUACAUACCAUUUUGAAAAAUUAUCCUCAAGGAUCUUUUGUUCUGAACUAUUUUGAAAAACAUAACAUUCUCAAUGAGAGUUGUAGAAAUGUAUUAGUGGAAAUUAUCAUUAAUGACCUAAUAAAAAGAGAAUCCCAUAUGACAUUUAGGUUGGCUAAUUUAGUAGCUGAUGCUAUAAUUGGAACUUUUCCCACAGAAAUCAAAGAUACUUAUUUUCUAAAAGAUGCCAAAAAUAGUUCACCUAAAGGCAAAUUAUAUGCCAAAUAUUAUAAUACCAUAAGGUAUAUGAAACAAAAUGGUUUAAUACCUGCAGCAAUUGGUAAAGAGAGAUCUUCAAAACCAUUGAGUCGUACAAUAGACAAAGAUAAUAGUAUACUCGCUACUGACCCUGAUUCUGAAUUAGUGUCGACAUAUCUAAAUGAUAAAGAUCUAACAUGGCCAGAAAUAGAAGAAAUUUGGAGAAAAACUAUUAAUUACCGUCUAAAUUAUAUAAAACAAAAUAAUGCUACAGACAUUUUUAAUAAAUGGCAACAGUAUACUCAACCAAUGGGUUAUAAACUUGUUGAUAUAGAUUUUCAAAAUGUGUUUAGCGAUUACACAAAUUUCAAAACUGUUUUUGAAGAGAAUAUGAAUAAUUUAAUUAACAUUUUGAAAGAGAGAGUAAGAGAUUGUGAAAGCAAAAAAUUAUUAGAAACAUUUAGUUCAAUGCAAAAUAUGUCAACUGAUUCAAAAACGUUGAUAAUAAUGUAUUUAUUGCAUUGUAUUUUCAUUCCCACCUCAAAAAAAUCAACUAAAGAUAGUAAUGGAAAAAGAGGUUUCAUAAAAUUUAGUAUAAGGGACUCACAGAAUUCAUUCCUGGUUGUAACUCCAACAGCGGUGGAGAUGGAGUUAACAUUGAAAAAGAUGGCUGAAAACGGUCCAUUACAGCCAUGCUUGUUAGUUGUAGGAUCAUUAUUUGAUCCUAAACAAAUUCUAGUGUAUUUCGAUAAUAUUAAAUACAAAAUGUUUUCUGCCUACAAGGCGUUUGAUAUAUGUUUUAAGAUAUUCCAUGUCUUCAACGUGGAAUAUCCUCUAGAAUCUGGUGACGUAUGGCUGUUUAUACAAACUUUUUUUUACAAUAUAACAACUAAGUAUGAUAAGUCAAACGUAUUAUCAAAACAAAUUUCAAAUGAAUUAAAAUCAAAAUUAAUAUGAUAAAAUGUGUAGAAUAUAAUAUAAGGUAUACACAUAGUAUAGACUGUAGAGUAUAGGUAGGUACCUAGAUAUAUUACCAUUUACCAUUAGAUAAUACUUUCUGUUUUUGAUAUGAUGAUUAUAAAUAACUUUGUUAUUAUUUCUUUGUAAUCGUGUUAUGAAUACCUAUUAUACAUUUUAUUAAAUAUUAUAUACCUACCUAUACAGCUUAUGAAAUUGUCAAAAAAAAAAAAUUAUAAUAAUAAAUAUUAAAUAAUAUACAUAAUAAUAGUUAAUAUACCUGCUUGUUUUUAUAUAUAAUAUUAGUUUUUUUGUUUUUGUUAUUAUAAUAUUAUCUAAUAACCUGUUACUUAUAUUAUGUUAUUUUAAAUUAAUUUGCUUAUUGUGUAACUAUUUUGUAUUUAUAAUCUAUAUAUAGCCAUAUAGGCACAUAAUAUUGUUAUUGUUAGUUGUGCACUUGUAUAUACCUACUAGACUAGUGACUAUAAAUAAUAAUUAUGUAUAUAGUUAAAUUGCCAAACUACAAUAUUAUACAUACUUAACUAAUUGCAUGUACGAUGUACAUCUAUACUUCUAUAGGUACCUACAGAUUUAAUUUUUUAUAAAUUACCUUUAGGUAUACCUAAUACUUAAUAUGUGUAUUGUUUAAUAAUAAUUAUAAUAUUAUACACUAUUUUUAAUGUUAAUAUAUAAUAUAUUUGUGUUACUGUGU